UUUAAAGUGCAUUUGUGAAGAGAAGGACAGGUCAUCAAAACAUGUUUGCUGUUGGUGGUAAUGGAGAAAGCCCAGCAGUGAAGUUAAACGCCUGGCAGAAUGUCCCACUAACACCAGGAAGAAUACCGAGCUUCUACGUUCCUCCAAAACUGCACCUCAGCGUUUCUCCUCGAUUCAGAAAACCCAAAGACUCAGACGAGUACCAGCUUCUGCCUCCCUGCAGCCCAGAGAAAUCAUCUCCAGGGUCAGGGUCUCCAGUCUCUCCACGCUUUCCAUUCAAGCUCCGCUUCACCCCGAGAUCAAACCGGAAACGGCUUGAGGAGGACGAGUCUGACCCGUUUACGAAAGCAGCAAUGUCCUUGAAGCACGUGGAGAAAAUCACCACUCCGUACGGCUUCCGGACCCUGGCCGCCAGCCCGAACGUCAGCCGCAGGGAGUCGCUGUUUCACAGACGCAGAGGAGAGGAAGGCUGUCAAAGUCCUGUGUUCUCACCUGCAUUUCCAGAGCUCAGGGACUCGCCCAUGUCUGACGUCACGGGCCAAAACGACAAGCCGAGUCCAGAACCGUGUUCUGCUCAGAAAGCUGAGAAAAAACGACUACAGAUGAUUUUCCGCAAGACUCGGGUUGCACUCAAGAGUCUCACACCCAGAAGCAGGAAAAACCAUGUCAGAAAAGUCCAGGAUGUACUUUAACUUGUUGACCAAAUU